AUGGCGUUUUUUUCACUGGUCAUUUUCCUGGUUGUCAACGCGUUCACAUCGGUGGUAAGAUGCAGAGUGGAAAAAGAGCUGUCUGCCGAGUGCAGAGGAUUCUUCUACAUGGGAACGCCACCGGCUGGCCUGGAGCACGACUCGCUUAGGUUCAUUUGCCAGCGCUACAACAAGAAGCCGCGCUACGUGACGCUGUACAACACUGUGGACCACAUACCUAUCUACUCUGCCUACACCUUCAAACGCACCGAUGGGGAGAAAUGCGUGGAUGUGCCUUGGAUGUAUGAACCUCAGCUCUCCCUGACCUCAGACACCGAUGAGAUGCAGCCCUUUCCAAGUGGCUACAGGCACAUGAGUUUUGAAGAUGCCCAAGCUGUCCUGGAGGAUUAUACCAAUGCAGUCCUCUAUGAACGCGGUAGCCUCAAUCCAGACGAGCACCAGGACGACCCUGAAGACAAGGCCUCCACCUACACGCUGACUAAUGUUGUGCCUGUGGUGCCCGACUUCAACAACAGGGUCUGGAGCAAACAGGAGCACAUCAUCCGCAAACGGCUGAACAACUACUGCCGUGGAACAGCUUACGUCGUGACAGGCAUCACCACGUCGGGGAAGAUGAUCCGGAGGAACAACCUCAACCGUGUCGCGGUGCCCACUUACCUGUGGUCAGCUUAUUGCUGUGCUGACUAUGACCACAACACUCCUUAUGAUGAGCGCUACAGGUUCCCAUCAUUUGCUCACUAUUGCCUCAAUGAGGAUGACCAGCAGGUGGUAGAACUCUCUGUCCAGAAGUUGAAGGAGUUCCUCAAAAAGACAAUGUUUGUAGACCAGAACUUUCAAGUAUUUCUAAGUGACUGUGUCCCACCGGCCCCCAGUAAAGAACAUCACUAAAGAAAAUAUAAACACAGGGCUAAGGUGUCUAGUUUUGCCUCACCUGUCUUCUUCAGAAGCCCUUUGAACAAUGUCACGUCAGUGCUUUUCAUUCUGUAAUAUGUUUCUGGUGUCACUAGCUACUUCACAGUAACUGUGUCUGUAACUGCUAUAAUUUCACUUGGUAGUUCACGUGGUGAACCUUGGGUGGCUUUGGCUAAAUGACAUGCUGUGUCUAGUAAUAAA